AUGAGGCGUAUGAUACUGAAUAUCCAAACAGUUGAUACUUUCCUCUUCCUUUUUCCCGUGUCUUUCUUAACCUCAUUAGUAGCCAUGGGCAAGUCCGCUAUCCGCACCGUUUGCAAGGUUGACUUUGACAAGCCGGCUUCUGAGCAGCCAUACCUUCAUAACAGGUGGCACCCAGACAUCCCUCCAGCAGCCACCAUCAAAGAUGGCGAGACGGUCAAGAUUGAAUGUCUGGACUGGACCGGCGGCCAAAUCAAGAACGACGACUCCGCGGACGACAUCAAGAAUGUCGACCUCACCCGUGUUCACUACCUGUCCGGCCCGUUCGCCAUUGAAAACGCCGAGCCAGGUGAUGCCCUUCUCGUAGAGAUCAUGGAUGUCCAGCCCUUUGAGGACCAGCCAUGGGGCUUCACGGGCAUUUUUGACAAGUCCAAUGGUGUUUGUUGCCCUUUCCUCCCGUUCUCUCCCCAUCUCAUGCUGACAACAAAACGAAAGGGUGGCUUCCUUGACGAGCUCUACCCCUCCGCAGCCAAAGCCAUCUGGGAUUUUGAAGGGAUCUACUGCACCUCCCGCCACAUCCCCCACGUCAAGUUCGCCGGCCUCAUCCACCCCGGCAUCCUCGGCUGUGCUCCCUCCCAAGAAGUCCUCGACACCUGGAACAAGCGCGAAGCCGAGCUCAUCGCCGCCAACAAGCUCGACCGAGACGUCGCCCUGCCCCCCCAACCCCUCAACGUCCACGCCGGCUCUGCAGACCCAAAUACAAAAGAAAAAGUCGGCCUCCAAGGCGCCCGCACAAUCCCCGGCCGCCCCGAGCACGGCGGCAACUGCGACAUCAAAAACCUCUCCCGCGGCUCAAAAGUCUACCUGCCCGUCCACGUCCCCGGCGCCAACUUCUCCGUAGGCGACCUCCACUUCUCCCAAGGCGACGGCGAGAUCUCCUUUUGCGGCGCCAUCGAGAUGGCAGGGAUAAUCACGAUCAACUUCUCCGUCAUCAAGUCCGGCGUUUCCCAGCUCUCUCUCACAUCCCCGAUUUACAUCCCCGGUCCGGUAGAGCCCCAUUUUGGUCCAGGGAGGUACAUUUACUUUGAGGGCUUCUCCGUCGACCAACACGGCAAACAACACUACCUCGACGUGGCGGUGGCCUACCGCCAGACCACCCUCCGCUGCAUCGAAUACCUCCGCCGCUUCGGCUACUCCGACUACCAAAUCUACCUCCUCCUCUCCUGCGCCCCCAUCCAGGGCCACGUCGCCGGCAUCGUCGACAUCCCCAACGCCUGCACCACCCUGGGUCUGCCGAUGGACAUCUUCGACUUUGACAUCUCUCCCUCUGCCAUCCCCGUCAAAAAGCUAGACAUGGGACGCUGCGCCUUUGAGACCGGAAAGACAGAAGGCGAGGUGGUCACCACCGCCGGCAAAAACAGCGAGGUUAGCUUUGGUGGGGGGUUGAAUUAUAAGGAGUAGAGAGACGAAAAUGGUUCGAGACACAAAGUUUUUAGUAUAGUACAAACUCAUGAGGUUUUUUUAUUCCCAGCUUCUAAUAUCAGUUGAUUCUGUGCUAUC